UUAAAACAAAGUUUAGUUCAUUUUCGGUCGUGGCGUUGAUAAAAAUGGAACGCUGGCAAAAUCGUGUUGCUGUCGUCACUGGGGCUAGCUGUGGUAUUGGAAAAGCUAUCGCCGAUGACCUGGUUAAGGCUGGUCUAAGGGUAGUUUGCUUGGCCAGACGUUACGAGAGAAUGGAAGAAAAUAAGUCCAAACUUCCGGAAUCGUUGCAAUCGCAUUACUAUAUUCGCAAAUGUGAUGUCUCCGUUGAGUCUCAAGUGAGGGAAACUUUCGAUUGGAUUGAACAAACCCUUGGUGGCACUGAUAUUCUUAUCAAUAAUGCUGGAAUAGUUCGACCUGGAAACAUAGUUGAUAUGGAUUCACAGAUGAUUGAUGAGGUCUUUAGUACAAAUGUCAAGGGAUUGAUAUAUUGUUCGCAAGCAGCUUUUAAGAGUAUGAAUGAGAGAAAGUUCAAUGGACAUAUUGUCCAUAUAAAUAGCAUUUUGGGACAUAAUGUCCUCGGGGGAACACCAGAAGCUCCAAGUUUAAAUGUUUAUCCGCCGUCGAAGUAUGCAGUGACAGCUAUCAAUGAAACACUUAGAAACGAAAUGCGAUUUUUGGGAACGAAAAUUAAGACCACUAGCAUCAGUCCUGGAAUAACAAAAACCGAAAUCGCUCCACCGGAAUUGUAUGAUUUGUUUGACGCCCUACUUAUGCCAGAAGAUGUGUCGCAAGCUGUGAUGUUUUGCAUUUCAACACCACCGCAUGUCCAGAUACAUGAGCUGAUAAUAAAGCCAGUUGGAGAGAUUGUGUAGAAAUAAUGUACUUAAUAGCUUCAAUUAUUUUUUUUUUUUUUUAUAUUUUUAAGAUAGAAAAAUCGUUUGGAGUGAAUGUUUUCUUUAUAAAGUGAAUGUGUUUAUAAAUUAUGUUUAUUUUUAGUCAAAGAUUUUGAUUUUCUUAUCAAUUUGGAAUAUUUUUUUUUUUAUUUUGUCUCGUGGAAGAGAUAGUAAAAGCUUAUUACACUAAAA